CCAAGAGACACGGUAUAGCCUAUCGUAAACUGGAGAUCAAUGGAAGCGAGGAUAACAUAUGGAUACAGCCGAUGUCUACAGCAGCGGGCUGUUGAUGUAUGAUGGCAGGUCGGACAUGCACGUUGUGCCGACUGAAACAGUGUGAGACCACAGAUGGAUGCCCUGUGUAAUGGAGCCAAGAAACCUGAGGGUGGUGAUCCCGUUGUAGAUCCCCUGCCGCCUCCUGCCAAGCUGGCUCGACUGGAACAAAACGGAGCGGGACCCUCUGCCCAGGAGAGGAGCUGUCAGGGUAGUCCUGUGGCCAAAAACCCCUGCCUGGCCCAGAAACCCAACACAGUGAGGCCACAGAGCAAGAGCUGGCACAGCAAAGGGAGCCUGCUGCCGGUGUUCUGUGUGGUGGAGCACAAGGAAAGCCCUCAGGAGGGAGAGAGGAGAGAAGAGCAUGCUGAGUUUGUGCUGGUCAAGAGAGAUCUGCUGUUUAACCAGCUGAUAGAGAUGGCCCUGCUGACACUGGGCUACUCACACAGCUCUGCUGCACAGGCUAAAGGUCUGAUCCAGGUGGGCAGGUGGAACCCGGUGCCUCUUUCCUGCGUAACAGAUGCUCCUGAUGCCACCGUUGCUGAUAUGCUGCAGGAUCUUCAUCAUAUUAUCACCCUUAAAAUACAGCUGCACAGCUGUCCCAAAUUAGAGGACUUGCCACCCGAGCAGUGGAGUCACUCCACAGUGAGAAAUGCUCUGAAGGAGCUCCUCAAGGACAUGAACCAGAGCUCCCUGGCCAAGGAGUGCCCCCUGUCCCAGAGUAUGAUAUCAUCUAUUGUAAAUAGCACUUACUAUGCAAAUGUCUCAGCUGCCAAGUGUCAUGAGUUUGGGCGAUGGUACAAGCACUUCAAGAAGACCAAAUGCUUCAAGGAGAUUGACAGCUUCCCUGACCAGUCCACACAUAUCACCCUCACUCAGCAGCCAAUCACAAGUAGCCCAUCUGAUCAGAGUUCCACCCUUUUUUUCUCUCAUGGAGAAGUAGCCAACAUAUGUGGCCGUUCCCCCCUCAGCUUGUGCCCUCCUGGGUUGGUUACCCAGCCUCUCAGCUCCCAAAUGGUCAACCAGCAGCUGGUGAUGGCCCAGUUUCUCAACCAGCAGUAUGCUGUUAGCCGCAUGCUAGCUGGGAAGGGUAUCUCACAGUCCCCGCAGCAGUAUCUUAACCACCCGCCUCCAGCACAGUGUGGCCCAGGGGGAGGCCUUGUAGCAGGGCUGCAAACCCAGACAUCGGCUGGGUCUUCUGUGGGGACGACAGAUGUGCCAAGUGACAUCUACCACUGUGUGAGGGAGGAACUGAAGAGGGCAGGCAUCUCCCAAGCCAUCUUUGCCCGGGUGGCCUUUAACAGGACCCAGGGCCUGCUGUCAGAGAUUCUGCGGAAGGAGGAGGACCCUAAACACGCCUCCCAGUCUUUGCUGGUCAACCUGCGGGCCAUGUAUGGCUUCCUGCAGCUGCCCGAGGCUGAGAGGGAGCGCAUCUACCUGGAGGAGAAAGACAGAAGCCUGACUGGCUUCACCCCAAGCUGCAAUAACACGCCACCAAGAUCCACACAGGCGAGACUGUCCCCAGUUACGGUGGAAAGAGGCUUGAGGACAGACAGUUGUGUUCUCAAUGUCAGUGCUUCUAUCUACGAGGACAUUCAGCAUGAGAUGAAGAGAGCCAAGGUGUCUCAGGCUCUGUUUGCAAAGGUGGCCGCCUCCAAGAGUCAGGGCUGGCUGUGUGAGCUGCUGCGUUGGAAGGAAGAUCCCAACCCAGAGAACCGAACCCUGUGGGAGAAUCUGUGCAUGAUCCGCCGGUUCCUCAGCCUGUCCCAGACUGAACGAGACGCAAUCUAUGAACAGGAGAGCAGCAACACAAUGGCACAGCAGCACUGCACUGACAGGCUUAAGCUGCUCAGCAAUGACAAUACACUGUACCAACGCAACUCUCCGCUGCCACAGCAACACCAUCUUCAACCUCACCAACCCCUGCAGCCUGAGGCAGGACCUCACCUGUCUCCACGGCAACCGUGUGCCGCAUCACCAGCUGAGUCUGAGGCUGGGGGCAACUGGGGGCACAUGAGAGUAUGUCUACAGGGCAGGAACAGUAGUAAUGGGGAGAGAGGGGAUAUUAAGGACUGGGUUGAGGGGGGACAGGGAGAGAGGAGCAGUUUGGGAGGGGACUGGGUUGGUACUGGUAGAGUGAGGGACAAACAUACAGAAAGAAAGGAGCAGGUGAGGGAUGGACAUGUGGGAGAAGAAGGGAUUAAUGAGAUCAUUGGAGACAGCAAAGAGGAGAAGGAGAAGCUCACUAUGAAGUGGCUCGGCAUGAAGGAUGAGGACCGAGGCAGGGCUGGGGUUUGUUCAAAGGCAGAUAAUCAGGUCCAAGGUGUAGAUGAGGUCCAAUGUGAGGGGUUAAGAGUGUCCCACGAAGCACUGGGAAUCCUGCAGAGCUUCAUUCAGGAUGUCGGCCUCAAUCCUGACGAGGAGGCCGUCCACACCCUGUCGGCUCAGCUGGGCCUGCCCAAACACACCAUCCGAGGAUUCUUCAACAGUCAGGACCACGACCGGCAUCAACACGACAGCCGGAGCCCAAAACCGAGUCGAGACAGCCAGCAUGGUUGCACAGACUCAAACCUCUCCCAGAUAGACAUAACUGCAGAGGAACAGGAGGAGGAAGAUGGUGGAAGGACUGAAAUGGAACAAAGGGAGGUGGAUGAGGAGAAGCAGACAGGGCAAAAUGAAGCAAGCGAGAUUACUGUUUUGAAAGAAUCUGAUGUUGGCACUCAAACCAUUACAGCUAUGAAGGAGGAGCAAGAGAGUUACAUCUAACCCAAAUCCAUGCAGUGACGUACGUGUUUCGACUCACAGUGUUUUAUAAGUGUGUGUCUUUAAAUGCUUUGGAAAGACUAAAAGCUGAGUUAUUGUAUAUGUUUAUACUACAGUUUAGAAGGAUGCUGGUGGUCAUAUACAGACAGUACACCUGCAUUAGAAAGCUUAGAAAGCUGUCCUGAUUUGAGCAUCUCUGCUGCACUUGAAACAGAAAAUAACUGACUAUAUGUGCAGAUACUGUUUGAACACAUUGUGUCUGUGUAGAUAUAUGUGUCUGGAUGAAUGGGACCCAAUACAAAGAGCCUCAGAUUACAUAUCACUGUUAAAAAAAUGAGAAAUUGUAGUUGGUUGACUGAUCUAAAGUUUAAGAAAUGUUAAUGCCAGAAAUGCCUUGUAGAAUGUGGCACUGCCAAUCAUUUCUUUUUUUUUUUUAAAUAAUCUAUAUCUCCAUUGUUUUUGUUUAUCUAUGUUUUUUUUAAUAGUGCUUUCUGUUUUGGAUCAGAUUUUGUAAGCAGUUUAAAAAAAAAAAAAUCUCAGUGUUAUAUCUUACAUUUUCUUGUUCAAGUCUACUGUCACAUAUGUAAUACCAAGUUUGCUGACUCUGUUUUAAAAGAAAUUAUAGUUGAAUUUGUAAAUGAUAUAUAGCAUUGGGAAUGAACCCUUUCAUACAUUUAAAAACAUUUUUUUAUUGCAGUGUGUAAUAAAUCAAUAGAUGAAACAAUGAAUUAGUUACCAAACUGAUAUAUGGACAUGUAAAAUCUCUGCUGCAAAUGAGUCCAUGUUUGUUCCUAUUUCUCACCGUUAAUCAUAAAGUUUUGUUGAGAUCUAAUUUGCUCCUGAACACAUCAUAAUUUACAUACAGUGUUUCUAUUGAUGCAUGAAUCUAUACAUCUCUCUCCACAAAAUAGCUAUGUUAUUUUGGGGAGUGUUAUGUUUACACAUUGUGUGGUUGUUGUAUUGUACUGAUUUACAUACUGUAGCAGAGACAUGGAGCAUGCUGGAGAGCACAAUGUUUAAUGUUUCUUCAUGAAAGAAAGAUUGUGGACCGGAAAUAU